AUGGCUGACACUUCGUCUUUGGCUGUCGACCGACAAGGUCGAAUGUUGGCCGAUCGUAUCAAAGAUGUCCUCGAUGCUAAAGGGAUACAAUCGGUGGCUGCAUUUCGAGAAGCAUCAUCGUCAACAAGGCCGGGAAAGAGCUCCUUCAGCGCCUUCAGAAGAUCGAUGGUGACAAUUACCCCGAGGCUGUUAUGGAGCACUGUUAAAUCGUUCCUUGACCCGAACACCACGACGAAAAUCCAUGUUUUGGGCAACGAUUACCAAAGUAAAUUGCUGGAAGUUAUUGACGCUAGUGAACUGCCUGAGUUUUUUGGUGGUACCUGCAAUUGUGCAGACAAAGGAGGUUGCAUGGUUUCUGAUAAGGGUCCGUGGAACGAUCCGGAAAUACUAAAGAGAGUCGAAACUGGCGAGGCCAAGAGCAGAUGGAGUACUCUGUCGGGCAUCAUCGAUGAGAAAGCAUGCCGAGAGCUCCAUUCCUCCGACAAAGAAAUAGCGAUGGACAGCGCAGAGAAUCCUUCAUCGUCUCCGGUUCGAGGAACUCUGAUCAAGAAAAUGUACCAUGAAUCCUAUGACUAUGAUCAACAUAUUCCUAUAGUUGACAAGGGUGUUGAUGCUUCUUGGCCUAAACCGGUGGAAAACGAAAAGUUCGUUGUCUCGAAAGAUCGAAGACCGAAUUUUGGAGGUAAGAAAAGGAUUUCAAAUGCAGAUAUAUACCAGGUGCACAAUGGUAGAAAAUCUAGUGAAGGAACGGGAAGCGGCAUUUUCGGACGAAUCAUGGCGUUCGUGAUAAGAAUCAUAACCCUGAUUCGAAUGUCCCGUCGCAUGCCGAAGAAACAAAUUGAAGACCCCGUGUAUGGUGGUGAUCAAGUUUACCGUGCUAAGCAAGUUACGGGCCCUGCCUCUCAGUUGCCACCCCCGAUCACUGACGAGGAAUUCUUCGCCAUGGCAAAACGCAUGGCCGAACUCGAAGAAAAAGUGGUCCUCCUCGGCACAAAACCAUCUGUCAUGCCGCCCGACAAAGAAGAGAUGUUGAACGCUGCUCUAAGAAGAGUCUGCAUCCUUGAAAAAGAACUAUCCGAAGCUAAGAAGGCACUUGAUGAUGCUCUUGGUAAUCAGAGGGAGUUUCAGAAAUUCAUCGACAUGAAAGAGAUUCGAAAAUCGGCAAAUUACCAAAAUUUUUACUGCUUCAAAGGCUAA